CAUCACUUCAUUGAUUUUGCGUAAGAUCAAGUUUCUUGCUUGUAAGUUGUAUAUUUCUUCACACCCUACUAAACCGGUGUAAACGCCUCCGAAAAAAAGUCAUAUGUUUGUUUCACGGCCUUGCAGUGCACCGUAGCCCAAACACACAUGUACUGAGUCCAACAAAAUCCAGUUGAAAAUAAUAUACCAUAAAUAGAGGAUGGCCAAUAUUGAGGAGCAUUACACCUCGAAAAGCUACAGUCCACAGUUCAUGAACAAUCUAAGGCAGCUACUGGACAAUCAGUCAUUCUGUGACAUCACUAUCCAGGUAUCCAACGAAACAUUCCAAGCUCACCUAGUGGUCCUCGCGGCCGGUGGUCAGUAUUUCAGAGCCAUGUUUACCAGCGCCAUGUACGACGUGGAGAACAAGUGUAUCACUCUUCAUGACAUAUCCCCCUCGACAUUCCAGAGUUUGCUCACGUUUAUCUACACAGGUGAAAUUGACAUUACCUGGGACAACUGUCAAGAUGUUUUAGCUGCAGCAGACAUGUUUGGAAUUACAUGUGUUGUCAACGAAUGCACCAAGUUUUUACAGAAACAUCUAGACAGCCAAAACUGUGUUGGUAUAUACCAGUUUGCAGACAUACAUUCUUGCUCAGAGUUAAAAAUAGAUGCUGAAAGAUUUAUCCACAAGAAUUUUGUCAUCACAUCUCAGGAAGAGGAGUAUUUGGAGUUGGCUGAAAAUCUUGUUGUUGAACUCCUGCAAAGUGAACAUUUAUGUGUGUCCUCAGAAAAAGAGGUCUUGCAGGCAGCAUUAAGGUGGCUCCAACAUGACCCAAAAAACAGGAAGUUAUCAAUUUUCAAUAUACUUCACCAAAUCAGAUUCCCAAUCAUAUCAGAGUCUGAGCUCGAGAAGUCUUUGGAGGACUGCUGUGAUUUAAGUAUAAAAAUAGCUGUGAACAAGUUUUCACGAGACAUGAUGAAUGAUAGGAAGUUGUGUAACAAAUUGGAUCUUAAACUUGUGAAACCACACUUAGUCCAGCCGAGGAAAUCAGCAAGGAAAAGCAUAUAUCUCAUUGGAGGUUAUUUCCACACGAAAGGCGGUCGAUGGAGUGAUAUUCACACUUUGGAAACUGUAGACAAAUAUGAUACCUUCUCUCAUGAGUGGGAGACUAUACCAAGUUUACAGUACCCAAGGAACCAUAUGGGGACAUCAGUCGCUAACGGACAGAUCUUUGUGGUCGGGGGAGAGAAUGAGUCCCUUAUCUAUGACUUAGUGGAGUGUUAUGACCCCAUUAAUAGAAAGUGGUCCACUGGCCCUCCCCUCACCCAGCCGCGGUGUGGUCAUGGUCUAGCCUCCCUGGGAGACUGUCUUUAUGCCUUUGGAGGAUGGGUGGGAACUGAGUUAGGUGACACGGUAGAAAAGUUUGACCCUACAACAAACGAGUGGGUGACGUUGUGUAAAAUGCCCACCCUCAGGUUUGAGAUGGCUGUUACUGAGUUGGAAGGUUUACUGUACAUCAUUGGUGGUAUGGAUAAAGACUAUGGAUUUGGGUCAGAACUGACUACAGUAGAGAGUUUUAACCCAGUCACCAAAGAGUGGGAGGAGUUACCUCCCCUAAAUACACCUCGUGCCAAUGCCAGCGUGGCGACUCUCAAUGGUUACAUUUACGUGAUGGGAGGAUUCAACACUCGGGACGGGGACCUGGCCUCUGUGGAGAGGUACUCAUCUGAAGAGAACAUUUGGGAGACAAUGCCUGAUAUGAAUCAGAAAAGAACAGCGCCGUGUUCGGUGAGCGUGAAUGGACUUCUGUAUGUGAUGGGAGGUCGACAGUUCUUCGUGCGACUGGACAUGUUUAGCUGUAAUGAGACCAUCAAUAGCAUGGAGUGUUUUGAUCCUAUGCUCAACUGUUGGUAUGAACUAGCAGCCAUGCCGACGGCAAGGUGUGAAGCCGGUGCUGUGGUAUUAUGAUGAACAGUCAUUUUGUCAAUAACAGAAAGUCUUUCCUUGUGAAAAAUUUGGGUUGAUUGCUUGCCAGUGAUAAAGUAUUUGCAGCAGGAAUUGCUGUUCUUGUCAAUCACAAAGGUAUUUUGCAUAUGCUGUGAUUAUAUCUGCACUUUUUAAAACAGGUUUGGGUAAAUUAUUGUUAUUCAUGUCUGUCACAGUUUUUUAUCAUUAGAAUUCCUAUUCCAUUUUAAGAGGUAACCAAAAAAUAUUCUUCUUAGAGGUGAUUGGGCAUAUCUUGCAGAUGUGUGAUAAAGUUUUUGGAGUUUUGAUUUAGGUCCAGGGGGUCCAAAUAAGGGUAAAUUAAAAAAGGGGGGGGGGGCUGGAUUCCUGUGACUGUUAGUCAUUGGAACCCCUAAUACAGUUAAGGGUUUAGGAUUCUUACUUCGUGAUAAAAUGAUUGUGUAGUCUGUAGAUGUGCAACAAGUUUUCAAAUGCUGCAGUUGACCUACAUUUUCCAGAUGAGUGACAAAGUUUAUUUUUUAAGACAGGUUCAAGUCCAUCCUAGAGUGAUGAAAACUUACAAGAAUCAUAUCUGAAAGAAUGUAUAUCAAACUUGUAUCAUAUGCUGCAAUUUACCCAUAUUUUUAAGAAGAGUUAGGGUUAGUUUAUGAAAGCAAGUUCAAUUCCUAGUACUUGUUCAUUCUACAGUAGUGAAACUUGUGUGAUACAUGUUCUUGUACGGAUACAAAAUACUAGUUUAGCAAAGUGCUGGGGAACAAACAAUUUUGUUCCAUUAUUAACACAAUUCAUUAUGUGCAAUAAGUUCUUGAUAUGUUUUAAAACAACUUGGAAUGAAAAUCACUUUGCAGUAAGGGUGAAUUCAUUAUAAGAAUGUUUGCUGUAACCAUGUUUUACUGUAGACUUACUUCAGAUGCUGUGACUGAUUAAUGAUAAAAGUGUUUAUUCAGAUAUUAUAAUUAAAGUGACAAUAGAUCCUAUAUGGAAGAAGCAACUGUGUAUGAAUACAUUCAGUCACACGUGAGAUAUUGUAUUGGGACUAUAUUUUCCAGAUGAGUGAUAUUUUCAGCUUUCAAAUAAACUGUUAUUGUGUUUAGAGGUAAACACUGGGGUGCAGGAUUUACUGUUUUGAUGACAGCAUAUAGUUCUGAUAGUGAUCAAAAGAGAAAAUAUAUAGUCAGACUGGAACUCAAAACCAGGACACCUGCAUUACUAGUCCUGCACUCUAACCCCAGGGGUAUCUAGACAGAUAUAUCUACCAGCCAUCAAUCUUACCACAGUUGUCAGAAAUGAUAUGACUACUUUCAAGUGGUCUCUUUUCUGCAGGUAAAGGUUUAUUUUAAUGACCUUGGUUUACAACUCGUUUUUACAGUGGUGAAUUCUGUCAUCUUGCAAAAUUGAAACAUUGGUAUAUGUUCACUUUUCUAUAUAUAAAAUUGUGCCAGUGUUGUACAGAAUAUAAUAUUUACAAAGUACAAAUCCUGGAUGUACUGAACAAAAUCGUCUUAAGAGAAAUCUUAUGGGCUUAGGAACUGUCAGUCUGACAAACUUUACCUGACCCUUUAUACAUGUAAUAUGACUUGUGCUUUCACCAGUGAUAAUCCAAAACCAAAAAAAGAUAAUCUUUGCAACAUUCUCUAGAGAUUAGUCACAAACUUAAAAUGCCACUAGGCAUUUUAUGAUUAGUUUUGUUUGAUUUGAUUUGAAAAGAUAUAAUUUUUAGAGGGCAUUCAAAUCAGCAAUAUUUCAUUUUUAUUUAUUGUAAGGGUGAAUUUGUUGGAAAUAAAUCGUUUUAUUGUUAUAUUGUGUAACUUGUUUGAUGAUAUUAAAAUGCCUUUGCAGUGCU